AGAGUGGAAGGGACAGAGCAGUGCCUUGUAUAGAGACCCCAUCACCCACAGAUCAUUGGAUUCUGUGAUGUGCUCCUGCCUUGGAGUACACACACCUCAGAGGAAGGAAGGACAGCCAAACUUGGUGCCUGAACCAGUGCUGAAGCUCCUCUUAGAGGGAAGAAAGCACAGUGAGAAGAGAGAUGGAGGUGUCAUUUCUGAUUCCAUGCAAGGGCUGCACCCCCUGGCAGGGGCUUCUUCUCACAGCCUCCCUUUUCACCUGCUGGCAUCUGUCCACCACUGCCCAAGUCACCAUUGAAUCAGUGCCGCCCCAAGUGGUUGAAGGAGAAAACGUCCUUCUACAUGUCAACAAUCUGCCAGAGAAUCUCCUAGCUUUCUCCUGGUACAAGGAGGUGAGGAAUAUGAACCUCAGAAUUGCACUAUUUGCACUGAACACAAAUCAAAUUGUGAUGGGGCCUGAACACACUGACAGAGAAACAGUGUACAGCAAUGGAUCCCUGUGGCUGAAAAAUGUCACCAAGAAGGACACAGGAUUCUAUACCCUACAAACAGUGAAUAGAGCUGGAAAAAUUGUGUCUACAACAACCAUGUACUUCCAUGUGUACGCUUCCCUUUACACCUGUGGGCACCCUCCCCCCUCUGCCCAGCCCACUAUUGAAUCAGUGCCACCCAGAGUUGCUGAAGGGGGAAGUGUUCUUCUGCUUGUUCACAAUCUCCCAGAGAAUAUUCAAGCUCUUUACUGGUACAAAGGGGUGAUUGCACACAAGAAGUUUGAGGUUGCCCGACACCUAAGACAAAUAGAUUCAAGUUUGCAGGGGCCUGCGCACAGUGGUAGAGAAGCAUUGUUCAGCAAUGGAUCACUCCUGCUCUACAAUGUCAUCUGUAAGGACACUGGAUUCUACACCCUACGAACUCUGACUACAGAUCUAAAAGCUGAAGUAGCCCAUGUGCAACUCCAGGUGAACACCUCCGUUUCCACAUGCUCUAACUCUCCAACCUCCACACAAGUCACAAUUGAAUCAGUGCCUCAGUAUGUUGCUGAAGGAAAAAGCGUUCUUUUCCUAGCUCAUAAUCUGCCAGAAGAUCUUCAAGAAUUUUACUGGUACAAAUCAGUGUAUAGGACAGACAUCUUUAAAAUUGCAGAAUACAACAAAGCCAUCGAUUCCACCAUCUGGGGGCUUGCACACAGCCAAAGAGAAAUGGUGUACACCAAUGGAUCCCUGCUGAUCGAGGGCAUCACUGAAAAAGAUGCAGGAUUGUACAUGCUAGAAACUUUGAACAAAGAUUACAAAAUUGAAAAAGCAUUUGUGCAACUCCAUGUGAAGAAGCCUGUGUCACAGCCCUUAUUGCGAGUCAUUGACACCACAGUCACAGAACAGAGCUCUGUGAUCUUCACUUGCUUCUCAGCUGACCCUGGAGUCUCCAUCCAUUGGAUCUUCAAUAACCAGAAUCUGCAGCUCACAGAGAGGAUGACUCUGUCCCCCAAAAAUUGCCAACUCAGCAUAGAUCCUGUCAGGAGAGAGGAUGCUGGAGAGUACAAGUGUGAGGUCUCCAACCAAGUCAGUUCAAUGACCAGUCUCCCAGUCAGCCUGGUUGUGAAGAAUGAGUGACCUCCCCUCUCAUCCUAUAAGAGAGUGCUGGCAUUUCUUUAUCAAUGCCGCACAACAAGGAGAAAAGUUAUGUGGUAAAAAUAUUGUCAGUUACCAGUCAGGUACAGCCAGCAUGGUGACUCAAGCUUAUAAUCCUGGGAUAAAUGUGCACAUGGACUGGCCAGAACAUAAAAAGAGACUCAGUUUCUAAAGGGGAAAAGCAACCAUAAAUAUAGUAAACAGAACUGCAAAGGACUUAAGAGCUUUAGGCUUUUCGAUCAACUAUAUAGCCAGUUCUUAGAGUCUAUGGAAACUAAUUUCAGGAUCCCCAAACUUCUGGAUGCUCUUAGUCCCUGUUAAAAUUGUGCAGUCUUUGCAUAGAGAUAAACAUCCUCUCAUAAGCUCAUGUAGUUUCACGUAGUACCAAUGCUUCCUCGAUACCAAUCAUCCAUGUGAAGUGAGGAGUGGUGACAGGAUAAGUGACUGCACAAGUUUAUCUGUGGACAUAACUGAUUCCUAAGUAGUUUUGGUGCUCAGUUUGUUUGAUACACAGAUGUAAAAUCCAUGGUGUAAGGAUCAAGUGGACUGUUUCUAUCCUGACACUGGCAUUCACAUUGAAAACUUGUUCAUGAUUAUUUUCCUUGUAUAUAUAUAUAAAGACAUAGGUGGGAUUUUCCACUUUUAUUUUUCUGAGGUGCACUGAUGAGUGGCAUUAAGCACAUUCAUAUUCCCAUGUGAACAUCACUAUUGUCCAUUUGGAAGGCAUUUCUAAACCUAUAUCCCAUCUACUUCUGUCUCUAGGCAUAAGAAAAACAGAAUAUCUAGUUAUUUGUGAUAAAUAUUAGUUUAUUGAAGAACAGACCAGGUGGGUGUGUUUGCUUACCAGUUCCAGAAACUUCUGUAGAAUCUUUAUUAUUUUCUCCAAAUAAGUUCAUGUCAUCUGCAGAUAUAUGUGACAGUUGAUUGAUGGGUUACCUUUCAGGUCUUUGUUUUUCCUAAUUGUUCUUUCUAAGACUCCUAGGGUAACACUAAAGAGAAGUGGCCACAGCAGCAUCCUUGUGUCAAUCCUGGUCAUAGAGGGAAAGCUGUCAGUGUCCCCGCUGAGUACAGUUUACUGUGGGUUUCCAUGUGUUCUUCUAUACACUGGCCUGCCCAGUACACCUUGUUUGGCUGUUUUCAUCAUUAAAAACUGUUAACUUUUGUCAAA